AUGGACAAUGAUGAGAAGAUGAAGGAGGACGUGAUUGAAACUAUGGCCACUGUCGCUCAAGGGAUCAUACUUCUUCCGGUCCUUCAACUCAAACACCUUCAAGGGCUCUUUCGUAAGAGCCAGAUCCGAAAAGCCCUGCGAACUAUGCCUAAGGAUCCUUUCAGCUGGAUAUCUCACGCACAAAGGCCGCUCCUCAUCGACGAACUCAGGAAUGCUCUAGCGGUGGAUUUUGGCGAAACCGAAGGCUAUGAGAGAGUGCGACAGGUCGACAUGGAUAACCUUGUCCGCCCACAACUGUUGGUUGAUCUUUGUGCAGGACUCAUAACUAUCGAACCGGAAAGUCAGGUUGUACGACUCGUCCAUUUCACGACACAGGAGUAUUUCAACAAGAAUAGUGACUUACACUUUCCAGACCUUCCUGCAAUCUACGCGAGCGAGAAUUUUUUCGAUGGUGUAACCUUUUUGGGACACGACCCGACUGAUUUGGUCCAUUGCACUCUGCAGCAUCCCAAGGAUUGGAUGUAUCCAUCAAGGCACUUCUAG